AUGCCCGACUAUAUUUCCUUUCAGGUGUAUGGUAUCCUCUGUGCCCAACUUGUAAUAACAUCAUUGAUAGCCUUCCCAUUCGUAUACGGCAAAGAUGAUUGGGCGAUGGACUUUGUGAAUGACUACGUGUGGGUGUUAUGGCUCAGUAUGGCGGUUAUGUUUGCUACCCUUAUCGUAUUGGUAUGUGUACCUGCUGCCAGCCAGAAGGUACCUAUCAAUUACAUCCUACUCUUCAUAUUCACCGCCUCUAUGGGUCUUAUGAUCGGCUUUAUCGGUGUAUAUUAUGAUACUGAGGCGGUACUCAUCGCUGCUGGCUCUACUGCAGCUGCUGUAUUUGUACUCACAUUAUUCGCUUUCUUCGUCAAGACUGAUUUCACGGGUUAUGGUCCAUUUGCAUUGGUCCUAUUGAUGGUAUUGGUAUUUAUGGGUCUAGUUAUGAUAUUCCUCCCAACUAAUAGAUAUUUGCAGAUUGUCUAUGGCUCUAUAGGGGCAUUAGUCUUCUCAAUAUACCUCGUUAUUGAUACACAGAUGAUUGUUGGUGGUAAGAAUCGUAAAGUCCAACUUGGGGUAGAUCAAUACAUAACCGGCGCCUUGAUGCUCUAUAUGGAUAUAAUCAAUUUAUUCCUUUUUGUUUUAACUAUUGUUGGAGCUGCUCGAUAA